GAUCCGGGGUCAGCGCGUCCCCGUCGCCCCUUCACUGUUCUCCGGUCGCCGCGCACUCUUUUCCCCCUUCACUCCUCUCUCUCUCCAGAAAGGUUUCCCACGCCUCCGCACCGCAGGCUUGUUUUCUGAAUAAAUGCCGAAACCGUCGACUUAAAAUCGGGAGGAUUUCUAUAACCAAACUGCAUUCAAGAUGUGGGAAUUAAAUCAAAACAGGGAUCUACUUUUUCUGGAGUAAAGCGACACACGUAAACUUUUUCACUCGGAGCGAAGUGCACCGCGGUCGGGUUGAUAAUGUCAGCCGUCCUGGGAGGAUUUUAACUAUUAUUUAUACAUUUUUUUUAACCAUUUUAGAGCCUUCUCUGUCAGUGCCAUUCUGUUUAUGGACUAUUUUUUAUAUUUUGUAACCAUUUUGGAGGCUUUCCCGUCAAUCCCCCUUUUGUUUAUGGACUCUUUUCUCGGUUGGAAAACAGCGACUUCCACACCUCAGGAAUUUAACAACGGAAACACCGAGGCGUCAGUGAACGCCGCUUGUAGCACUGCUUAGCAUGUUAGCAUACGAGCUUAGCAUGUUAGCUUGUUUUCAAAGCUAGUUUUGUUGUGAGGAUUCCCAUACCUCAGGAAUUUAACAGCGGCAAAUCCGAGUCGUCUGUGAACGCCGCAUGUAGCAUUGAUUAGCAUCAUAGCUUAGCAUGUUUUUUUUAGUCCCAAAAACACUAAAUUCAUCUGCUUGAAAUAGGUGUAGCAUGACCCGGAUGUUCUGUUAAAGUUCCUCGGGUGUUGUAGGUUGUUAUUUCUUUUAUAACUUAGGUGUUAAGUCCGUGUUAGUGGACAGUUAGAUGUUAGCAUGUUAGCAGCUAAUGUUAGCAUGUUAGCUUCAGACGGAGAUCUGGGAGCCAACGAUGAGCUGAUUGCGUUCAAAGACGAGGGAGAACAGGAGGAAAAGAGAAACGUUUCCUCGGAGAGAGACCUGGACGAUGUGAAGAGUUCUCUGGUCAACGAGUCCGAGUCCAGCUCCGACUCUGAGGCUGACAGACGCCCCAGAACCAAUCCUGACCUGCAGAGCCGAGCCAGACACAGUCACCUGUUUGAAGAAGCGCUGAGGAGGCAGCAGGACGGCUUGUUCUCGGCGGCUCCGUACGUCGGCUAUCCGUUCUUCAUGAUCCCUGACCUGGGGAACCUCUGCAGCCCCUACCUCGCUAACAACAGGACGUACCUUCCCUUUCAGUGGCCUCUGCUGGACGUCCCAGGUAGAUCCAUGAGAGACUCUGCUACCCCCAACCACCUGUCGAACAACGUGCCGGUGCAGCACCCCCACAUGACUCACCUGCACCCCCUGCUGUCAUACAGCCCCGAGGCCUUCUCCCCCCAGAGAGCCUCCCCCGGGUUCUCCCCCGACGCAGGCAUGUCGAGGACGCCCUGCUACCCCGUGUCUCCUGGAGGAAUGGCUCAGAUCCCUCUGGGCUGGCUGCCGGGGCAGACCAUGUACCCCAUGGCUGGAGGAUUCUCCCCUGCAGCCAUGGCCAUGAACGCCUCCAUGUCCAGCCUGGUGUCCGGAAACUUCUCUCCACGCAUGGUCCCCCCUCAGUCGUCCAUCCCUCAUUCAGCCAUCAGACACACGGGGGUGAAGCAGGAGCCUGGAGGCAGCCAGCAGGGCAGGUCGGUUCCUGACGUUCCCCCGGAGAAAGAGGAGGAGAAGAGGCCUCACAUCAAGAAGCCUCUGAACGCCUUCAUGCUGUACAUGAGGGAGGAGAGGCCCAAAGUGGUGGCUCAGUGCAAAGUGAAGGAGAGCGCCACCAUCAACCAGAUCCUGGGCCAGAGGUGGCAUUCACUGACCAAAGAGGAGCAGGCAAAAUAUUACGAGAUUGCUCGUAAAGAGAGACUGCUGCAUUCAAAACUCUACCCGGGGUGGUCAGCAAGAGAUAACUACGGUAAAAAGAAGAAGAGGAAGAGAGCGAAGAGUGAAACUCAGUUUGACGAUCUGGAGGAGGACCCGCCCCAACAGCUGAAAAGACCCCGAGAUCUGCCUCACACACACACCUCACCUCACACACACACCUCACACACACACACCUCACCUCACACACACACCUCACACACACACCCCCGCCCCUCCCUCACACAGCCGGCGUCCCACCUCACACACACACACCUGUCUCAGGCAAGCCCCGCCUCCUCGCUGGAUUCCCCGGCGACGCCCACAACGUCCCUCGCCUCCCCCUCCGCCCCCGCCCCCACACACACCGAGCACGCACACUCCUCCUCACACAACACACACCCCUCAUACACACACUCCUCACACAACACACACCCCUCACACAACACACACUCCUCACACAACACACACCCCUCACACAACACACACCCCUCACACAACACACACCCCUCACACAACACACACCCCUCACACAACACACACCCCUCACACACGUACGCAGAACAGCUUCAGCCGCUGUCACUCACCACCAGACCCCCUAGGCCACGCCUCCUACCUCCACCAACCAAUCAGAUGCGAGUUUGUCCCUCAGGACAACCAAUCGGCUGCGAGGAGCCUAGAAUCAAAUAAGAACCAUUUCAUAAAAACAGACACUUUCUUCUUUUUAUACCGAUGUACAUACGCUGUCUUUUUUUUACCUUUUUUAUCACCUUUUAUAUCAGUAUGAAAAUAAUUGGUCAAUAUUUGACCGCAUCUCUAACUCUUUUUGUCACUAUUUUCUAAAAACAAUGUGUUGUAUUUGAAGCGGAUGUCGCACCGGGGUUUGUUUGUUCAAAAAUGAUUUCUUUCACCUGGUAGUUAACGAGUGUAAAUCUGUUUUCUGGUUCCUGUGUUAAUAAACAUUCACUGAGUUCA